AAACAAACCAGCCUGCCGGGGGCUUACCCUGGCGAGUCACGUGCCAAAGGUUGCUGAUCCCUGCUCUAAUGCAUCACCUGUUGAAAGGGGCCUGGGUUCAUAUUUUGUGUUAAGGAUGGAAAUGUAAGUGGCUGUUCAGGUAUUAAAUGCAAAUUUUUGCAUUCUCAAGCCCUGGGUGCUGAAUGCUGUCUCUGAGCUAGGAUGAAUAGCAGAGCAGACAUCAGUAGAUCAAAAUCCUGAUGCAUUCUAGUGUGUGUCAAGGAUUUUUGAUCCUAAACAUGGCAUCUCAUUCAUUUGAUUGGUAGAUAUCCCUCUUCUCUCCCCCUUAAAACUAGCUCACUUUAAGACAGUUUUACUUUCCCUUCCACCUUACUAUAGGGCUGCCAUCUAAUUCUGGGGUCUCAAGUCAGAACCUUUUGCCUAUUCCCCCAAAAAGGAGCUGUGGCCCAAAUUAAGGACAGCUGUGCAGCUUUCAUUUUGUUUAGCUAGUGGAGUCUACGCAAGACACUUUCACUCUCACAGAUCAUCUAAAGGCGAGGAACCAAGCUUCUAGACCCUGUCUCAAACUAGAGAACUAUAGUGGUUUAAACAGUUACACACUGAACUAUAGGAGCCAUGCUGACUUGUAUUCUGAGCCAGACCUAUUUUACCCCAGUGUCUACAUAAGCACUGUUCUAAACAGUUCCUGGCACACGGUAACUGGGACUUAACCAGACAAAGCUGCUCAGGCUCUUAAGGUUUAUCUGUAUGAGGACAUUCAAUUGAUUUGCCUUAACUUUCCUGAAGGUGUGAAGUCAGCACAUAAAGGGUGUUAAAGCUGUGUUUGAUCUCAGGAGUAAAGUGUCCUGAACUAAAACUAUUUUAUUCCUGAGUGAGAGAUCCACUCAAGGGUUUAACACCUUUUAAUGUAUGUGCAUUAACUUCAUACCUUCAGUUGACUUGCCUUAUUGUAGACAGGACCUUAGGCUUUGUCUACACUAGCACUUUUGCCAGUAGGGGUGUGGAAAAAACACACCCCUGAUUGACAUAAGUUUCACUAACAAAAGCACCAGUGUGAAUAGUUCUGUGUCGGCAGGAGACAUAGCUACCACCGCUUGUUGUGGUGAUUUAAUUAUGCCAGCAGGAGAGCUCUCUCCAGCAGCAUAGGAGAGCUACACGGGAGACCUUACAGUGGCACAUCUGUAGUAGUACAGCUAUGCCUCUGUAAGGUCUGUAGUGUAGGGACAGCCUUAGAGUGGUAACUUAAACCUAAUUAAAACAGUGGUAUUUGCCACUUAAAAAUCUUCUCAUUAAAUCUCAAAUCAGCAAUAAUUUUGGUGAAAGUUUUUUCACUUCCAAAAGAUCAUUUUGUUUAUUUCACUAAGGCCUUGGCUACACUUGCAAGUUACAGCACUGUAAAGGCUCCCGCAGCGCUGUAACUCACUCCCCGUCCACACUGGCAAGGCAUUUGCAGUGCUGUAUCUCUGUGGUUGCAGUGCUGCAUGUACUCCAUCUCUCCGAGAGGAAUAGUGAGUAUUGCGUUGCCGUUGCAGCCCUGCGGCGCCAGUGUGGCCGCCCAAUGCACUGUGAAUGGCCUCCAGAAUUAUUCGGCAGUAUCCCACAAUGCCUGUUCUAGCCACUCUGGUCAUCAGUUCAAACUCUACUGCCCUGGCCUCAGGUAACCAACCAUGUGACCGACCCUUUACAUUCCCCAGGAAUUUUAAAAAUCCCCUUCCUGUUUGCUCAGCCCGGCGUGACGUGCUAUCAGCGAAUCUUUCCAGGUGACCAUGCCUCCACGCGCCAAGCGAGCCCCAGUAUGGAGCAAUGGCGAGUUGCUGGAUCUCAUCAGUGUUUGGGGGGAGGAAGCUGUAUAGUCCCAGCUGCACUCCAGCCGUAGGAAUUACGAUACCUUCGGGAACGUAUCAAAGGACAUGAUGGAAAGGGGCCAUGACCGGGACGCCCUGCAGUGCAGGAUUAAAGUGAAGGAGCUGUGGAGUGCCUACCGCAAAGCCCGCAACGCAAAUGGCCGCUCGGGUGCUCCCCCCGCGACCUGCCGAUUCUACAAAGAGCUGGAUGCAAUACUUGGGGUUAACCCCACCUCCACUCCGAGCACCACCAUGGACACUUCAGAGCCGGUGUGGGGGGCGGAGGAGGAGGAGGAAAACGGGAGUGAUGGUGGUGGGCCGGAUGGAGACACCCCGGAAUCCCUGGAGCCAUGCAGCCAGGAGCUCUUCUCGAGCCAGGAGGAAGUUGCAUCAACCUUGAGACCUCAGCCGUCCCUCUUAUCGCCUGCUCAGAGACUGCAAAGACUCAGGAAGAGACCGCAAAAAAGCAAAGAAGACAUGCUGCAAGAAGUAAUGCGGCAAUCUAUUAAAGAGAAUGAGAAAGCACAGCACUGGAGGGAGAGAGAAAGGAGGAUCCGCCAGGAAAACGCAGUGCACCGGCGGCAAAGCACCACACACUGGCAGCAAAGCACUGAUAAGCUCAUAAGAAUCCUGGAGCGUCAAGCAGAUGCUAUCCAGGAGCUGAUAGCCAUGCAGAAAGAGGAGCAGUACCGCAAAUGCCACCCCCCCCCCACAGCCCUUGUCCCAAAACUCUUUCAGUUGUGCCCCACUGUCACCUCCAACCCACUUUCCCCUACUUCCGUGUUCUACACGCCACCCGCUGCCUCCAACACCAGUAUCUUCACCACCCAGCCCUGAAAACCACGACCCUUACCCUCUGCACUCAACCCCCAUCACUAUGCAGUAUAGCUGUCCUGAAGUGCAGCACUCACUGCACAGCACACCAGACAGGACAUACGCGAAUCUUUGAUUGUACUGUUCCCCACUCCAUCCCCUUGUUUCUUUUCAAUAAAUAAUUUUUUUUUCUUUUCAAUAAAUGGA